UUAUGUUGUAUGUUAAUUAAUAUUCUGUGUCCAAAAUGAGCUCCUGGCGUGACAGUAUCAAUAGUCUACCGGGCGCUGUUGCCCAAUUUGUCAACGAGAGUGCAUCCACAGCCACAAGCUAUCUGCACUCUCAGUCGAGCGCCUCCGAGGAGAGUGCUCCACAGCACACCGACUACAAGGCGUUGCCGAUUCCCGCGUCCCUGGUGAAGGAACAGUGGCGCCUGAUCUUCACCUCCGAUGCCAAUAUCCAGGACUUGCAGGCGGCCAUUGCGCACUGUCGCGAUCUCGUCCUGCUGAGCGACGAGUGCAGCGAGGAGCGACGCUGGCUGGUGCGUCAUCUGGUGGACUUGCGCUACUCCCUGCAGGAGCUGGAGCAGGCACAGGCUGCUUCCAGCGAUUAUGUGAUGCUGAUGAAUGCCAUCAAGUCGGUGGUGGGCCAUCACUUUGUGCCCCAUCAGCCGAGUGCACGCAACCGGCUGGCGUUAGCUAAGCGCUACUAUUGCGACCACUGCACGGGCAUCAUCUGGCGGCUGGUGCAGGCCGCCUACAUCUGCAGCGACUGCAGCUAUCUGGUGCAUCAGAAGUGCAUUGACAGUGUGCAGCGGGUGUGUGCCCAUGUUCUUGCCUCGGAGCGACAGUAUCCCAUCUCCGAUAUCUGCCCAGAGAUUGGCUUGGCCGCGCAGCGCUACAAGUGCGCCGAAUGCGCUACGCUGAUCAAUUUCAAGAACUCGUGGAUUGAGCCACGCCUAUGUGAUUAUCGUGGUCUCUACUAUUGUCCGUCAUGUCACUGGAAUGAUCGGUUCAUUGUGCCGGCGCGAAUUGUCCACAAUUGGGAUUUUACGCCGCAACGUGUGUCGCGCACAGCUCUGCAGGAGAUUCGGUUGUUUUUGGAGAAGCCACUCAUACGGCUGGAAGAGGAGAAUCCCAAGUUGUUUGUCUUCCUCGAGAAACUGUGCACCGUCAAGAAAUUGAGACAGAAUCUGGUGCAUAUGCGUCACUAUCUCGCUGCCUGUAAGGUGGCCGUGGAGCAGAAGCUCGUCGAUCAACAGCUGGGCAGGCGUCGCCAUUUGGCGCAGUCCAAUGAGUUUUACUCGCUGAGCGAUCUCGUUCAGGUGGAAUCGGGCGCCUUGUCGGAAUUUCUGCAAGGCGUCUUCAAGGUGUUCGGCACACACAUCCGUGCCUGCAGCAUGUGCCUUGCCAAGGCGUACAUCUGUGAGAUUUGCAGCAACAACGAGGUGAUCUUUCCCUUCGACGACGGCUGCAUCAAGUGCGACCAAUGCAACUCCAUUUACCAUCGCGUCUGCUUGACCCGCAAGAAUAUGAUCUGCCCCAAGUGUAUGCGCAUCCAGGAGCGUCGCCUGCAGCUGGACCAACAGCAGGCGGACAAGGAAAGUGCCAACAGUGAUAACGAGGCAUCCGAUGCACUGCAGCCGGUGGAUAACGCAACGUAACCCGUGCACAUAAAAUGUUGUU